AUGAAGCCCCACAAGAGCGAUGAUAUUCAAAUUGCCCAUGACGAGAAUAUUGGGCAAGAUCAUAGCGGUUCGCAAGCAACGCGUUCAAAAGCUGUUGAAUUCUUAGCCGAUAAUUCGAGUGAACAACCCAGUUUCACUUAUGAAGAAGAGAAAGCUGUUCUUCGUCGGAUCGACUCACGAGUCCUCGUUCUGGUAUUGUGGGCUUAUUUCUUCCAGCAACUGGACAAGAGUACACUGAGCUAUGUUUCUAUCUUCGGAAUUUCAGAAGAUGCCAAUUUGGUCGGUCUUCAAUAUUCCUGGCUUGGGUCCAUCCUUUACCUUGCACAACUGGUAAUGCAACCAUUGGCGGCCUUGAUCCUUGUAAAGCUUCCAACGGGAAAGGUUUUGGCUUCAGCCAUAUUUCUUUGGGGCUCCUCCCUCACAAUCAUGACAGCUUGCACCAAUUUUCCAUCGCUGCUUGGUUUACGAUUUGUUCUCGGGUCCUUUGAAUCUCUUAUUGCUCCUUGCUGCGUUGCUAUUACACAGAUGUGGUGGCGUCGGAGUGAGCAAACUCUACGUGUCAGCUACUGGAGUGCGAUGAAUGGCGUCACAGCAAUAAUCGGUAGUCUACUGACUUAUGGCCUGGGCCAUAUUCAUAGCACCGUGUUGUUCCGCUAUCAGACAAUUUUUCUGUUUUGUGGGCUUCUGACAGUGGCUUACUCUCUCGUGGUUUUCUGGCUCAUGCCGGAUUCGCCAAUGGACGCUCGAUAUCUCAACCAACGAGAGAAAUUCAUUGCUACAGAGAGACUCCGAGCAAACCAAAUGGGCAUCGUUACCCAGAAGUGGCGCUGGGACCAUGUCUUAGAAGUGGCACUGGAUCUCAAAACAUAUUGCUGGUUCUUCACCAUCGUUGCUAUCUCCAUCGCGAGUGGCGGAAUUUCGUCAUUUGGCUCUUUGAUUGUCAAGUCCUUUGGGUUCAACAGCUUCCAGACAAUCUUGUUCAACAUUCCUUUCGGUGUUGUUCAAGUCAUCGCCAUUGUGGGUGCCGGUUGGAUCGCCACUCGCACCCAACGCAAAGGUCUCGUUAUCUCUGGGAUGAGCAUAAUGCCAGCAGUUGGUGCUAUUCUUAUGUUAACGGUCCCACGAAAGCAAAAAGGAGUUCUUCUCUUUGGUUACUAUCUGGCAAGUCUUGAGUCGAGUAUCUUAUCUCGUGGGGAUUUGCUAACCACAUGGUCACAGGUUUCAACUCUUGCGGGAAUAACUCCCAUGCUUUAUGCAUGGCAAGCGCAAAACACUGCAGGAGAUACCAAGAAGAAAUGCACGUCUGGCAUUGUCUUUGUUGGCAUGUGUGCUGGAAACGUAAUUGGUCCACUUCUCUUCUCUACUGAUGACGCGCCUUUGUAUCGGACAGGGCUGAUAGCCGAUCUUGCUAUGUUUGUCACGGUUGGAAUACUCGCUGGCCUUAUCCCAAUCUAUCUCGCGUUCCUGAACAAAAAGCACGAACAGAUGCGUAUCCAGCUUGGGAAGUCCGGCCAUGUGGCUGAUAUGUCUAUGCUCCGGAAGGAUCAGAUCAAAGCCAAUGAAGUUGUUGGUCUCGAGAAUGUUCAGAAUCAGAAAAACUCUGUUGAUCAAGAUAAGGGACUGUUGGAUGUGACUGACUUGAGAAACGAAGACUUUAUCUAUGUUUACUAA